GAAGCAGAACAUUCGUAGUUACGCGCAUUACCAAAAUUUCAUUUAAGUAAACGCGCCUGAAGCUACUUCGAGUGACGCCUAAGACGUCACGUCACGUCUUGUAUAUUCCUCCAUGGUACCUGCUGCAAAUUUAAAUUAUGUACCCCGCGGGGCGAUGCGAGUAUUGUUUGGUACAAGGAGUAAAAUGGACGAAUAAACUCUUUAUUUCAUGAUGUAAGAUGCAAAGAGCGUGGUUUAGUCGCGGUGUAAGAAAUAUUCCCUUAUACUUCAAUUUAUUUGAGAUUUAUGUUUGGCGUAAAUCAGCUGUUGACAGUGUCUUCCAAUUGAACAUCAGCACAGUGAUGUCAGUGUGGUGACGUUUAAGCUCCGGAUUGGAUGAUACCAUAACAGCUAAUUUACCUCAUGCGCCACUUACGAAUAAAUUGAAGUAUACAUUGUGGUUUGGUGCAGCUGGCCGAAGCGCGGUAAAGAAACGGUAGUGGACACGCUCGAGAACGAGAAGUGUUGUAUAAAUUUAGGGGGUAAAUUAUUUGACAAUGGCGAAAGAUAAUAAUUGUGUAAGGCAAUGGCAAGAAGUAUUAGACAAGUUACUUUUUAGUGGUGCGAAAGCCAAUCCUAAUAUUGAGGAUCUUCGUACGGAAGAAGAGCUGAUUGGAUUCUUUAUGGACGACUAUUACAGAGAUGAAAUAUUAAAAUGGAUUUGUGAGAAGUACACUGUUUCUUCAUGGAAAAAAUGCAAGGACAAGGCGAAGUCACUUAGAGAGGAAGGUAACAAAAUCUUUCAAUUGAAAGAUUAUGUAAAAUGUUUGUGUAUUUACACAGAAAGCAUUAAAUAUGCACCAGUUCAAAGUGAGGAAUUGUCACUAUCAUUUGCAAAUCGCUCUGCUGUACUCUUUCGUACAUGUAAUUAUGAGGGAGCAAUAAUUGAUAUUGAACAAGCAUUUUCACAUGGUUAUCCACAACAUCUAAGUUACAAACUACACCAGAGAAAGGCAGAAUGCUUGAUCGGCCUGGAGAAAUAUUCCGAUGCUGUGACUGAAUUUAAACUUGCUCGUGAUACCUUGCGGGCUGUGAAAGACAUGUCAGAUGAGAAGAAAGCUCAGAUUUCAAAGUCAAUAGAAAAAGCUAUAAAUGAUGCCAUGGUUCAGUUGACCACCGAAAAUAAACAUGACAAACUCAAAACAUCGAAUGAAAAUGGUACUAUGCCUGAGCUUCCAGUUCCUGUUCAGGGAUUAAAUGAAGACUUUCCGUACGCCUCAAAAUCACUGAGUCUUAGAGAAAGUAAAGAAAGUGGGAGACAUGUAGUUGCCGUUAGUAACAUAUCAGUUGGUGACAUCCUUUUUGUGGAGAAGCCCUUUGCUUGGGUGUUAUUACCCGAGAAUUAUCAGGAUCGUUGCCACCAUUGUUGCAGUUUAUUCGGAGUGCCAGUACCCUGUUGGGAAUGUACUACAGUUCUGUAUUGUAGUGAAUUGUGCAGAAAGGAUUCAUGGAAUGAGUAUCAUAAAUGGGAGUGUUAUGGUGGACUGGAUGUUAUACAUAAUGUUGGUGUAGCUCAUCUUGGCCUCAGAGUUGUUUUGCGAGCUGGUAGUAUAUCAGAGCUUAAAACUCUGAAGAAAAAACUAGAAAAAGGUGAUGCCGAUAAGAAUGAACGUUAUGUUGCUGUGUAUAAUUUGGUCACUCAUUUGGCAGACAUGAAUUCUUAUGACCGUGCUGCAUAUGCUUUGACUGCUGUGUGUUUAAUGCUGUAUCUGGAGCAUUAUACAGAGUAUUUUACCCACAAUACAAGCACUACAAUUCUCAAUGGAGUUGCUUCUCAUAAUGAUGAAUCCUUAUUGAUUGGUUGUUUUCUUUUGCAUCAUAUUUGUCAACUGGUAUGUAAUGGUCAUGCGAUUACGGCAAUCAAGGAAGGCAAUUCAAAUGAUGACAACCCUGUUGUUGAUGAGCACCAGAUCAGGGUAGCUACAGCUAUUUUCCCUUCGGCGAGCAUGAUGAACCACUCAUGUGAUUCCAAUAUUAUAAAUAGCUUCUUUGGUACCCACUUAAUAGUGAAAGCUUACAAGGACAUUCAAAAAGGACAAGAAGUUUUCAAUUGUUACGGACCUCAUUUCAGAAGAAUGUUGAAGAAACAGAGGAAAGAACAUCUCAGGUAUCAAUAUUUUUUCGAGUGCCAAUGUGAAGAUUGUUUGCGUGAAGAUGAAUUUUUGGAGAGAUUUACAGCUCUGUUGUGUGAAGAGUGCAAUGGUCCUCUUCCAAGAAAGCAUUUCAAAGCUACCCAUGUGAAAUGUUUGACUUGUGGAUCAAACUAUGAAUCCAGUGCCUUGCUGGCUGAUUCUCUGAGAGCUCAUUAUGCAUAUCAGAAAGGCCAAGAACUUAUGAAUUCAGGGUCUCUAAAAGAAGCCCUUCAUAACCUGCAAGCAUGCCAUGAAAUUCAUGUGACUUGCUUAUACAAAAGCCACAUUGAGCGCAGAGGGUGUUUGGAUUCCAUUGCAAAAUGCUAUGCUGAAUUAGGUGAUUUUGCCAAUUCAACAAUAUUUAUAGAGAGAACGUUGCCAGCCAUCGAAGAGCAAUAUGGAGCAUGGAGUAUUGAAAUGGCACAUGAAUUAUCAAAACUGACUGAUUCAAUGGUUGGUGAAUUAAAUGUACAUCACGGUGAUAAAGAAGCUUUUAUGAAAAAACAUGCGGAGACCAUGAAAUAUGUGCAGAAGGCAAAAGAAAUAUUCGAACUUCACUACGGAAUCUGGAAUCUUGCUGUUCAAGAUGUCACAAAGAAGGAAAGUUACUUAAAUGACAUGUUGUUCUCUGCAGUCUAAUACACUUGAUGUGUGCACCUGGAUUUGCAUUCCCUUAUCUAGUCAUUUGGUAUAAAAAAAAAGUCCAGUUUUAAGAAAAAAUGUUGUAACUUCUAAAAAAUUUUAAAGAGAGUUUCUUAGUAGGUAAGUGAUUAUUUAUCUUACGAUAUCCGUAUUGUUUUGUAUGGAAAAUAAAUUUAUUUCUCAAA